AUACGAGGGUCAAAUCCUCCUUUCGGGAAUUCUCGUCUCGCUCGGCUCCUCUGGGCCCACAGCGGCCAGCAAACUGCCUCCGUCCUCCCUGCGGGCUGUGCCGCCUCUUCUUCGCGUCGGCGCCGCCCUCCUCCCUUCUCUUCUGCUGCUGAUGGAACUGGAUCCUCGCCUCUACGAGAACGUCGUACGUUCAUCCUCCACGCGCCGUCUCCUUUGGCCGAUCUGUCAGCGACAAUGAUGUCCGAAACAUAGUUCUAUCUUAUCUUAUGCACAACUGUUUUAAAGAGACGGCAGAGGCAUUCCUAUCUAGCACCGGGUUGAAUUUACCUGUCGACUAUAGUGUGGAUGUGGAUAAGCGUAAAGCAAUUUUUAAUUUUGUGCUAGAAGGGAAUGCCCUUAAAGCCAUAGAGCUGACAGAAGAAAUGGCACCUAACUUGCUAGAGAAUGAUAUGGAUCUACAUUUUGAUCUUCUUAGUCUCCACUUCAUUGAGCUAGUUCGCUCCAAAAAAUUCACAGAAGCUCUUGACUUUGGCCAGAAAAAAUUGACAUCAUUUCAGAAGGUUACCAAGUAUAUUGAGAAACUAGAGGACUUUAUGGCCCUCCUGGCUUAUGAAGAGCCGGAGAAGUCACCUAUGUUUCAUCUACUAAGCCCAGAGCACAGGCAGAAUGUUGCAGAGGGCUUGAAUCGGGCUGUCCUUGCACAUGCUAAUCUUCCAGCAUAUUCAUCGUUGGAGAGGGUGGUCCAGCAAGCGACUGUGGUUAGACAAUACCUACAGCAGGAAGUUGGCAAGGAUUCUUACCCACCAUUUUCUUUGAAGGCCUUUCUGAGCAAGUAAAUGUGCAAAUGGUCACUUCUUCAGAACAGGGUAACCACCUCUCCAGGCCAUCAUGUACAUGUACCCUUGUGGAGUGCAUACACGAUGAAGUAGUUUAUACAGUUGAGGUGUUGUUGACACCACUUAUACAGUUGCAAUGGUGUUGUACUUUGAAAAGGAGGGUGCUGUAUGCUGUCUGCUUCCUUGAUUUACAUUCUGUUUUACUUGUCUCUCUGCCUUAGACAUGGCGAAAGCAUGUAUGUAUGACCUGUUGAGCUAUUCUGUGCGUUCGUUCGGUGAACUCAGUUCGAGUCGGUUUGUAAUUGGUCUUUUUUAUUACUACCGCCAUGUGCAGAGGCUAAAGGUCCGAACUCUGGAUGCGUAAGCGUAACGGGUUAUUCUGUCCAUGGUACUCCUAUUUGCGAUUUCCAUAUAUAAGGGACUGUGAAUUCUUCA